AUGACAUCGUACGGGCUGUUGGAUCAGCCAGACGAAGACACCCUUCACAAAUCGCGCCUGUUAAACGUCGAAGAAAAGCCCUUCAAGCGAAUCGCCAAACGCCUGUUACACCCGGACUCGCUCGUCGUCUCGCACGCGACCCUCCUACCCACGCCUCCGCCCGACGGAACCGACGAAGAUGCCUCCGCCGUUGAAGCCGAGAAACAGAAACGAUUGGAAGGAUGGCGCCACUUCCGCGAAGACAUGACGCUGGACUGCGCGGCGUUUGAAGCCAGCAUCGCGCGCAUCCAGUUCCUGCUCGUUAGCAAUGAGAAGGAGCGCGAGCGCUACGCGGCGGAGAAACUGCGCAUCUUGUCGACGAUGCAGUCUGUUCGUGAGAAUACGUCGGAGCUGCGCGAUCAGCUGCAGGAGGCGCAGCGGUUGCUGGCGCUGCGCAAGAGUUAUGACGAUUUGGCUGAGAAGAUCACGAGUAACCGGCUGCUUAAGCCGCGGGAGGAUCAGCAGGCGAAUCUGCAGAAGCUGCGGACGGAGAUCACCGAGCUGGAGAAGGAGAGCAAGGACUAUGCGACUACUUGGUCUGAGCGUAGGGAGCAGUUCGGUCGCAUUGUGGAGGAGGGUAUGCAGUUGCGGCGUUUGAUUCGGGACGAGAAGGAGGAGGUCGAGCGCAGGGAGGGCAUGCAGGAGGGUGGAGACGGGGACGACGGCGACAUCGCGUCUAAGGGCAAGUCGAGCGGCGCGACGACGCCCCGCCCGGAUACCGACAGUGUGACUCCCUCGCUGUCGGGGCCGGACGAAGCCGGGAAGUCCCCUUUUUCCUUGCACCCGGAUAGGAUGAGCGUGCCGACGGGGGGCGCCUCGCCGUUGCGGCAGGUGACCACCGUAGGCGAUGAGAAGAAGAAGACCCCCGAGGAAGACGCCACCAUGGUGGACGAGGGCGAAGUGACGGCCGAUGAGCACGAGUUGGAAGAAGGGGAGGAAGCGCAGGAUGACCGCACAGCGGACAAGAUGGAUACCACUACGUGA